AAGGUUGGAACUAAACUGUGCGGGGCUGCAGCCCUCCAGGAACUAGAUUUGACACCUGUGCUCGAAAGGUUUAUCUAUUGGUAGGUUUUUAUAAAUUCUAAAACUGCACAUACAUCAUUUUAAUCUUCUGAUUUCUUUCUUUAGUAUGGAUCUAGUGGGAGUAAAUGUGAUUGAGACAGCAGCUCUUGGAAGACCCUUCCAGCUGGGCAUGCUGUAUGACUGCAGAAAAGAUGCAUUAAUACCAGGGGUCAGACUGUGGAAUAAAGAGCAGCUGCUGCAGAAUAUUUGUGCUCGUCCUCAAGUUAAUACAGAGUUCGAUGUCACAGAAUCAGACACCAUUAAGGAGAAAUCCAAAUUACUCAACAUUAAUGGUGAACUGAAACUGAGUUUUUUAGGUGAUCUUAUUCAUGUUAGUGGAGCAGCAAAGUAUCUCAAGGACACCAAAUCAUCCUUCAUUCAGCAGAGACUCACUCUACAUUAUAAAUCAACCAGCCGGUUUGAAGAACUAACAAUCAUUGAUGCACUGAAUAAAUCACCCUUUGGAGAAAAUCUUCCUGAUCCUAAUGGUAUAGGCACACAUGUGGUCACAGCAAUACUGUAUGGAGCAAAUGCCUGUUUUGUAUUUGAUAGAGACGUUUCCAAAGAAGAGGACGAAAGCAACAUAAAAGGAGAAGUAAAAGCGGCUCUUGAGAAACUACAGAGCAUCGUGUCAGUCGGUGCAAAGGCUAAAAUUACCAGCAAUGAGAAUCAGAAAGAUGCUGUCAAUAAAUUCACAUGCACAUUUCAUGGAGACUUCCAGCUACCGUUUAACCCCACCACUUUUGAAGAUGCAUUGCAGGUUUUUGCUGAUCUUCCAAAACUUCUGAAAGAAAGCCAAGAGCUGGCAGUGCCACUGAGAGUUUGGCUUUAUCCUCUGAACAAACUUCACUCAAAAGCUUCAAAACUUCUGAAAGACAUCAGCAUGGAACUGAUCACAGAGAUUGAAUCAGUGAUUGAGAGUUUGAACACAGCUGAGAUGAAGUGCAGUGAUCUUCUGAAAGACUCUCCUGUUCAAGUAUUUGCACCAUUUAAAUGUAAAAUAGAGCAAAUGAAACAAAACUGCUACUUGUAUAAGCUGAGGCUUAUGAACAAACUUGGCUCCCUGCUGCCAAACAUUCGUGGAGACGUGAUGAAGGAAACUGAACUGAACAAACUUCUACAAGAGCAUGAAGCGUCUCCAUUCAGAGGAAGUGACCUCACAGAAUGGCUGAAAGAGAGAGAAAGAGAGUCUGAGAUCAUUGAAACUAUCCUCAAACAGCUGAAGGAUGUUAAGAUACAAGUCAACAUAGACGCCAUCAGGAUGAAUCUGGAGGUCGGGAAUCUGGUCAGUUACACAUUCACAUCAUUGAACUGCUCAGAUUGGCUUCUAUUUCAACAAACUGCCUAUCUGAAUCCAACAAAACAAGAAACUGAUGAGAAACGCCCUGAUUUUAAAGAAAAGUGUUGGCUCACUAAUGAUGUUUUAAAGGUCAUGAGGAUAAACUUAAAGUUAUUUAAGGACUUGAUUGAUUCAGAAGACCUUAAACCAACUACAUUCAUAGUGUCCUCAAAGGAAAUGGAGAGUAACCCAGGAUCCUGCAUCCUCCUGUAUGAAAGUGACCAUGAUGAAGCUGUUUUCUUCAGUCCUCCAUCACAGCCUGUCUGUCCAGUCAUUGAAGAGCUCAGGGAAAACUCUGUGGUUCUGCAGGUUCCUCCAUCAUCAGAUCCUCAUACAGUGGAGCUCAGAUUACUAUAUAAACCACAGCAGGACUCAGUCUGGAUGUCUCAAGCAGUGCUGAAGGAUCAACACACAGUUACUCUGACUGAUCUGAGAACAGAAACUGAGUAUGAGUUGAAAUGUGCAGCGCUGGGGAAACUGAACUACACCAGAGAAAGUGAUGUGAUCCAUCUGAGGCUCAUUGAGAAGACACUCAUCACCAGAAUAGAGUCUGUGAUUGAAAAUCUGGGCAGUAUUGAAAACAAGUGCAGUGAACUUCUGAAAGACAUCAGGACAAACACAUUUAGUGCUUUUCACAAGAAGUUUGAAGAUAUGAAGCAAUUCUGCCAAAUCUAUAGACGAGACUUCAAUGAUAAAAUUCAGUUGCUGAUCCAGUCAGUUCAAGCUUGUGAAAAAGAGACUCGUGUUUUGACUGAUCUUCUACAAACUCAUGAAGAGUCUCCAUUUAACACAAAGAAUCUGAUGGAGUGGAUCAGACUGAAAGAGACAGAACUAAACACAGUUGGAGGGAUUCUUCAACAGUUACUGGAGUCUGGAGCUGAAGAGAACACAAGCUUAGAUACAGUUUUCACAAAUAUUAAUGUGAAGAAUGUGGUUUGCUACACAUUUAGUUCCCUUGAGCAGCCAGACCAGCUGCUUUCUCAACUAGAUCACCAUCUUAACUCUCAGGAACUCAGGACUUGGAAGAAUCCAGAAAAUUCUCCUCAAUCAAUGACAUGGCUCACUGGAAACAUCAGGGAGAACAUGAGGGAACAGCUUAUCAUCUUUAAGGAGCUGAUGAGGUCACAUGACAGUCCGUCUGUUAAAUUUAUUGUUUCCACACAAGAUUACAAAGCCCAUCCAGGCUCCUGCAUCCUCCUGUAUGAAAGUGACCAUGAUGAAGCUGUUUUCUUCAGUCCUCCAUCACAGCCUGUCUGUCCAGUCAUUGAAGAGCUCAGUGAAAACUCUGUGGUUCUGCAGGUUCCUCCAUCAUCAGAUCCUCAUACAGUGAAGCUCAGAUUACUAUAUAAACCGCAGCAGGACUCAGUCUGGAUGUCUAAAGCUGUGCUGAAAGAUCAACACACAGUUACUCUGACUGAUCUGAGAACAGAAACUGAGUAUGAGAUCAAAUGUGCAGCGCUGGGGAAACUGGACUACACCAAGGAGAGUGACACAGUCAUAUUAAAACAGCAAAGCACAAGGAAAAGUAAGGAGGAAGAGAAGGGUUUAAGCAAUGUGGUACCUGAUGGAGAGCUGGAGUUUGUAGGACACCUCAUUGAUCUGCCUCUCCACAGUGAACCACGUAGAGGAGGCUCAGGUUCAGAGAGCUUUAGAGAAACAGUCUACUGUAACAAGAAUACAGGUGAAACCAUUAGAGUUAGUCUGUUACAAGCCCUAUACCAAUAUGGGACCAAGGCCAUUGUGGAGCAGGUAAUGGGAUGA